CAUUUUACAAAGUGUUGAAAUUACGAUUUUGAAAAAGUGAAAUAUUAGAGCGGUGGGAACUAAAGUCAUCCAGGAACUCGAGGCAUAUAAAAUACGAAAGUACUUUCAAAAAUAAUAUCAGUACGGCGAUUCCAAUGAAUACAAAUAGAGUCAAUUGUUACCAACCUUUAUUGAGUGUAGUGAAAUUUGUGAUUACUAAAAUGUUCAUCCGCCCCGUGUUUGUGCUUAUGUUUUUGGGUAUUCUUCUGAUUAAUGAAUCGGAAGGAACUUUACUCAAAGCGAAAAUAAUUGCGGCCAAAAAACCCUUGCUGUUGGCAAAAGGUGUUGUUGCCAAGGAAGUUGCAGUGAAAGUGAAAACUGCCGCGAAACAAACCGCCGCUGCUGUAAGUCGGACUAUAAAACAAUAUCCUUUGAAAUUACCUAACUCAAAUAUUUUUCAGGCAAAAGCAACCGCUGCAGCAGUUAAAAGUAUCGCCCUAGCACCAUUUAAGGUGGCCAAGAAGACCAUUGGAAUUAAAGUCGCCGCAGUGAAAGCCGCUAAAGCUCUUAAACUUGCCAAAAUUGCAAGACUGCUGCAGGGCGGUCCCUCACAAUUAGCACGUCCCCAAGGAUUAUUAGCGCUGCUUCCAAUCAGGGCAAUUUCUGGUUUGGGCCUUCCCUUAAGCCAAUUACGUGCUAAACCAGCUGGAGGAGCAGUUUUACAAUCUCUCUUACCUGGAGUGAGUAGUCUAUUGUCGAGAAAAAGUCUCUUCCCUUCUCUGAGGAACAGUGAAGACACCGAACGUAUUACCACCCAUUCUAGUAUUCACUCCUAUGAACCACAACCAAUAUACAGGAUCUACCCGGAGCGACCAUACAAUGAAAUCAACUUUACACCAAAUGUUCAUGUGGAAUAUCCACCCCAACAAACGAUCACCAUUCAGGAGCCCAGCCAAGAGUACGGAUUGCCAUCACCAUAAGUUCAUUUGUGAUCAAUAAGUUUU